AUGUGUACAUUCACUGGGUUAUAUUUUCUGAUUUCAGCCAUUGAUACAGAAUUUACUGGUUUACAACUUGAUGAAACAACCAAAGCUAGUUUAUUUGAUACUAGUGAUGAAAGAUAUGUAAAGUUAAAGAAAAAUGUCUCUGAGUUUACCAUGUCUCAGAUUGGAAUAUCUGCUUUUGUAAAUAAAGAAUCCUACAGAUAUGAAGCCCACACGUUCAACUUUUAUUUAUUUCCAACAGCAUUUGGUUCUUUUGAUGUCAGAUUUAAAUGUCAGGCAUCAAGUUUGUCCUUUCUGUGUCGAUACAACUUUGAUUUUAACAAGUUUGUAUAUGAUGGUGUAUCAUAUUUGAAUAGAGAUGAAGAGUUGAAAUUAAAAGAACACCUGGCUAAAAACACCAUGUUUUCUGGGUUAGAGAGAGAAGUAGAUGAAGAAGUCCUGCAGAAGAUAUGUUCAGAUAUAGCAGAAUGGUUUGUCAAAAGUCAAGUCGGUGAAGUUUUCCUCAUAGAAUUAGAUCAAAAUACAAGAGAAAUAAAAGAUUACGUUUUACACACAGAAAUAAGGAACAGAUUUCCUAAUGUAUGGACACAUAAAGAUCAGCUGGGCAAGUUUAUUGUGGAACAUGUUAGUUCAAAACAAAGAAGAGAAUUACAAGAUAUAGAUUCAUCCAAUAGACUGGAACAAGAGGAAAAAUUACUACAGACUAUGUUAGGUUUUACAAAAGUAUUUAGGUUGUUACAAGAUUAUAAUAAAAUAGUGGUAGGUCAUAAUAUGUUAACAGAUUUAAUGUUGAUGUUUGAAAAGUUUCACAAACCACUGCCAGAAUCAUUCAGUGAAUUUAAGAAAGAAGUUCAUCAAAUAUUACCUAGAAUUUAUGAUACCAAACAUAUGUCUGCUACUAUCAGGAAGGAACUAGAAGAAACUGGCUUAUUAGAAUACACCUCAUUACAGAAAUUAUACCAAGCCUUUUCAAGUGACGUAGGUUUACAAGUGGUGUUAUUUUCACCUGAGAUUCACCAUGCAGCUGGUUGUGAGAGAUACAUAAAAAAUGAUGUACCACAUGAAGCAGGUUUUGAUGCAUUUAUGUGUGGCUCAGUCUUUCUCUAUAUAGCACAUAUUCUUAGCUGUAGAACAAUCAGAUCUACAGAGAUUCAAGCCUGUUCAUUUACUGAUUAUGUACCUCAUCUGAAGCGAUUUCUUAAUAAGAUAAAUAUUAUCAGAGCUACAAUUAAUCAUGUGACACUGGAUGGGAAUGAUCCAAUAUCUCAAAGACCACAGAUACUAUUUGUACGUGUUAGGAAAAAUGGUUUUAGGCUGAAAUCUAAUCAGUUGGCUCAAUGGUUUUCAUCAUAUGGUACAGUGGAUGUUAAGUUACAAAGCAACAAUACAGCUUUGGUUGCAACUGGAAAUUUUGGUUGUGCGCGACAAAUAUUACGAUGCUUUAAAGGACAUGAUAGAAUCGUUGUCAGUAAAUAUAAUGUAUGGAAACAUUCCCGCCUAGUUAGAGCUGUCUUAUGGUCAGCAGUAGUUUUAUCAAGUGGAAUAUGUAUGGUGACAUUACUAUCUAGUCUCGAACCAUCUUAA